AUUUUAGUUAUUUGUGUCAACAAUUCUCAAAUAUCAGAAAGAAUGCGACUGCAAAGUAUUUCAAUCGAUUUCAAUACACAUCCAUUGACAAAUUGGAUUCACUUCCAGGUACCUUCAGCUGUGGUCCAGUCACAAUUCAACACGAGCAGCUUUCAAGCUAAUAAAUGCGCCUGCGCACUACGGCUGACCCUUCUGGUUCCUGCGCGUAAUGCCACGACGUUAGUAGCGGUAGACACAAAAUACAAGCUACAGUUCUAACUGUAAGAAGAUAAACGACAUAUACACCACUUUCAGUCGGUAGCGCAUUCACUUGUAGCUACGAACACAUUUUCUGUUAGAAAACGCAGUCGACAGCAACUAUGUUUAAGUUUUUCCUACUCUGCACACUGGCCGUGGCAAGCCGGGCAGAGAUCGGCGAAGAAGAUGAUGUUCUGGUGCUGAAGAAAAGUAAUUUCGAGGAGGCUUUGAAAGCUCACCCAAACAUCCUUGUUGAAUUCUGUAAGUAAUCUACCCGCUAUCUGGUCAUAUAAAGCCUUAGACAACAACCUAACUUGUUAGCUUUCCUGCUAAUUUGUUCACGCAGCUAAACUAGCAUGCUAGCUGAGUUCGCUUGCGGCAGUGUUAUCAACUUCACUUCAGCUACUGCAAAAGGUAUGUGGAAUGGCCAACGUCAGCUAGCUAGCUUGCUUGAUAGCUAACGUUAAGUGUGCCUAACGUUAACUUAGCUACUAUCGUUUUGCUUGGCAAACGUUAGUUAUUCAAAUUGGUCGCUUGCUAGCUAGGCCUGUGUCAUACAUUUCCCGUUGAUUACACACAUUGGCCAUUGAUUGGCAUUGUAUUACAAGUAGUAACGUUAUAUAUUUUUUGAAGGAAUCUAAGCCAAUGCCCAUCCCAGCUAGCUUGCUAACAGUAGCUAACGUUAACUAGGUAGCUAGUUAUUGCAACACAUUUGGAUGAACCUUACUAGUACAGGACUUUGUUGCUUUUAACUAGCUAUCUAGCUGGUAGUAUAACGUUACCUGGCACAGUAAAAUUGAGCAUUCAGUGCUGCAUAUCUAGUUAUCUAGACGUCUCAGGACUGAUAAGUAAGCAUCUAAAUGACAGUCAAAUUUAUCUGUGACCACUUGUUGGUGCAAGUGUCUGUUUCUUUACCAGGCUUGGUGGCUGCAUAGAUCUAGAAGUUGAUAAACGUGACUAAAACGUAUUCUUGUUUGUUUAGCUUACAAGGGAUGGCUUGUGCUUCUGUGUACCCUCGAGACAAUACUUCAUGCACGAUUUAGAAUACUCAAGCUAUGUGCAACAGUGCUAGCAAAGCAUCUCUUCUUGAGUGAUCACAUCAUUCAGUCGUGUGAAUACAUCAGGCAGACUCCAUUAGUUGCAACAGUGACGUGUAUGGUUUUGAUUCAGUCACCACUUGAGUUUCGAUUGCUAGAUAUCGUUUCCUGAUCAUGAACACUUUCUACCCCGGUUUCAGUUAGGAGCUGUUUUGAUGUAAGUUUACUGAAAUUCACAUAAGUUUCUGCAGUGGUUUUGCAACACAGGUCCCGCUACAACUGUCAAACUAUUUGAGGUAUUCUGCACUUUUAACUGACAAGCCUGCAGUCCAAUCAGAGAACUCCACGACUCGGACUUUCCAAUGAACACCGUGGGGGGAGGACUAAAUACUGUUGCCCACGUAUCUCACGGACGGGCGGGACCUGUGGGGUUGGAUGAGAUGCUAGGUUGACGUGUACUUAUAAAGUUAAAUCAUCUGUUCAACUUUUGUUUAACUCUCCUGGCUGGAAUUGGGUGUGUUCUCCACUGAAACCAAGAAACAUUGCAGUGAAAACGCACCAACUCAUUUUAUUCAUGUUUUGAAAGAAUGAUAAACAUAAUAUUUAGUUAGAAAGGAAUUGCUGUAGGACUGUUUUAUAUUUUGAGGAAAUAUCCUUUGGACUUUGAAUUUACAACCAAGCUUAAUAGACUUGUCAAGUUUAUGGUGAUAUCUUGACAUCUCAAGGCACAUUAAUCACACAAUCACAGACAAUCAAUGGGUUAAGUUUGUUCAAACUUUCAUGUUUUUUUUUUUUUUUGAGUUCAUGCAUUCAGAACCUGUACAAGUCCACCAUAAGAAGUCAGAUUAGAAAUCCACCUCCUUUCUCAGGCAACAUUUUCACUAUAUUAGUUAUUGCCCAAGGCUAGUCUUUUCAGUGAGCUCAUUGAAAACUAACUUGCCAGAUGAGAUUUUUCCACACCCUCUAAAUAGCCUACUGUAAGUAAUGUGCUUUGCUCAGUUAUCUGGAAAUCUGCAAAUCACAUGUUAAUGUAGUAUAUCAACAGAGCCACUACUGUAUUUGCGUCUUCACCCAUCAGUGAUAAUAUCUAAACUCUGAAGCUAUGUGGUCUAAUUCUAUUUCUAUGAUGUCCUUGUUUCAGAUGCCCCAUGGUGUGGCCACUGCAAGGCCCUGGUCCCGGAGUAUGCCAAAGCUGCCAGCAUGCUGAAGGCAGAGGGCUCAGAGAUCCGCCUGGCCAAGGUGGACGCCACCGAGGAGGCAGACCUGGCCCAGGAGUACGGUGUCCGGGGGUACCCUACCAUCAAGUUCUUCAAGGGGGGAGACAAGGAGUCGCCCAAAGAGUACUCUGGUGAGUAGUGGGAUGAUGUAUGUUAUAGCUAGUGCUGGCACAAUAAUUGUAUAACUGACAAUUAUGGUCAAUAACUGUGAACUAAAGAAAGUACUAAUCAGAAUCGUCGUACCCCGUUAAUUUCAGGAGAAGGGGGAUUCAACUUUUAUAUUUAAGUAGAUGUAGUUUACAAAAUAGCAGUUAAUUUUUACAUUAAUUGGGUAAAGUUUAAUAGUUUUAUGAGCAGAGUGUCACCGGCGGGAUGAUAAGUUCCAAGCCGUCAAAACCAUUUGUUUUUGAGACUGGGGGGGGUUGUCACCAAACCUGUGUAUUCAUUAGGUAUGUUGUAACUCAUUUUCCUUAUGAUGCAUUGUCCUACAAGCUCAAUUUUCUAUUUACAAAAAUUAUGACAAAUUAUGUCAAUUUGCAUGACAAUUAAUCGUUACCUAAAAUUCCAUAAUCGUCACAGCCCUAGUUACAGCAUAUACUGCGCUUGACAUGGCCAUGGACCGACUCCAUAGGCAGAACUGGGCUAUUUCUGUGUACUUGGAUAGCCGUUACAAAUGUAGCCUAUUCUUUCACUUUCUCAAGUCAAUUGGACAAGGCUCUACCCUGAAUUUCUUCAGAUUUUCAAAUAACCAAUUAUAUCAAAUAAGAUUGUCAACUUCCAAAUGAUGCUAUUCAUGUGAUGAUGUCAAUGACUAAAUCUAAAACAACCUAAUUUCUCAAUGCCUAAGUAGCUCAGUGCCUGGGAGAACUAUUACCAACAAAGUGAUAAGCUGUCUCGUGUAGUGCAGUAGUCCGGUUAUGAUCAUCAGGCAAAGGUUCUGUGUAUGAUCAGAUCAUUAUUUUCUGAAGGAUGGCUCAGACACUAAGUCAUUACUUUUCUUAUGCUGUUAAUGUGACUCCUAUCAGCCAAGUGUGUGUUAGCCAAUGACCCAUUCACUCUGCCCCAUAUAACUGUGACUAAAUGAAGGGGCCCCUUCCUCCUCCACACAUUCUCUCCAUGCUCUCGCUCUCCCCCUCCCAUCCCCCCAACCGGGCAAUGUGCAGUUCCUCACGUUUGCUCACUGUGACUGACUGGGGCUGGCUGUGUUAUAUAUAUUUUUUUAAGGGUGUGUGUGUGGGACAGCCCUAACUUCCAGCACUUGCCCACUCUGGGCUAAAAGCGGUGCACUGACAAGGCCACAGGCAGCAGUAUCCCUUCUCCAGCUGUCUGUCUGGCCUGGCUACAGCGUUGCUCAGUGGUGUUGCUCCGUUGUUGCGUCACUGGCUCAUUUCGUAAUAACAUGCAGGUUAAUCAUGAGUCAAUCCACUUAAUUGGGACACGUUGUUUCUUAGAGAGCUUAAGUCUUCUCUGUUGGGGCAAACAAAUCACGGUGCAAUGUAGCUACCUUUUUCCUUAGUCUGGCAGUAACAAGGCUGGUGUGACCAAAUAAGAUAAGAAAUACUUUAUUAAAUGAGAGGUCUUUCACUGUCCUUUGUCCCUCAUAACGACCAUUCAAGUAGAAUAAUAGCAGCAGUACUUGUAGCUGUGCUUACUCAAGUACACCAUAGUCGUGGCAGAGUAAAUGUACUUUUCCGCCUGUUCACCCUGAAGCAUUGUUUGAUCUAUCUGUGGCGGGCUGUACCGUUAGUGUCUCUUCAGCCAGCCCUGGUCAUGUGACCUGGGCCCUGUUCCAAUACUUCAAAAUGCAUCCUUGCGUCCGCCCUUGCCAUAAUCUCUGAUCUGUACAUGAUUAGAAGACACGAAGGCAGGGUUGCCAUUCUGUUGUAUUGUUUACCAUGGCCAACCUUGUCUGCUCAGUGAAUAAUACAGUACAACAAACAAAGGAAGUAGGGAAUCAAUCUCAUACAUUAUUAAUGUUUGAAUGCGGCCAGUGACUUACUAGAACUGUUGUUCCCUUCCUGCAGCUGGCAGACAGGCUGAUGACAUCGUCAACUGGCUGAAGAAGCGCACCGGACCGUCCGCCACCACCCUGGGGGAGGUCGCCCAGGCAGAGUCCAUGAUCGCCGACAACGAGGUAGCGGUCAUCGGCUUCUUCAAGGUGAGACGAUGACCUCUGACCUAGCUGCGCGAGGUCACUGUGAUACUACAAGGCCGAUCUGUAGUGAUUCUUUGCAGGAAAGUUUAGUGCCUACUAAGCCCUAUUUCCCACUAGACCGCUAGUUGUUUGACACUUUUUCAGUACUGAUCAAUAGUUUUGGCUAAUUUUCAAUAGGAAUACAUAAAAUCAUUCUCUCACAGUUUAAAUGAAUUAUCAAGGCAUAGAUGGGCAUGUUUUAAUCAUUAAUUUCCUACAUGAAUGAGUUUUACGGUUCAUGUAUGACGGCAUCUAAGCUAAGCGUCUCUUUGUCCUCCAGGAUGCGGAGUCUGAGGGAGCGAAGGCUUUCCUGAAGGCUGCCGAGGCCGUCGAUGAUGUUCCAUUCGGCAUCACCUCCAACGACGCCAUCUUCUCCAAGUUCGAGGUGUCCAAGGAUGGAGUGGUCCUCUUCAAGAAGGUACGGCGUGAAUACUUUGAUUCAGUAUGACUUAAUCACCCCAAACGUUUUCAUCUCUUUCAAAAUUACUACCCUGAUCAUGGUGUAACCCUUCGAUCCAUCGGACUCUGUAGACUGCUUGCUGCCUGGAAGCUAUAUCUUAGCAGUGAAUCCUUACGGUUUUUGCAUUCUCUACUUUGCUGUCUAGUAGUGAUUAUUGGCAUGUUUUACCAGUUAUUUAAAUUUAACUGGAUAAUAAACACAUUAUGAAUGACCUGGUCAUCAGAUUUGAUUAUCACGAGCGUAACCCAUACCAUCACUUAACAUCAAUCUGGAGGGUAGCUGCAGACAGGCUUGAUUCUUUUACGACCCACACAGCCUGAUGUCAGCUAGGUAUUGGAAUCCGACGACCCCAUAUCUACAGCAGUAUCCGGUCUUGGCCUGCUAAUAUUAGCCUGUAGACCUCUGAGGUUCUGCUCUGGGAAUGCGUCUGACUCUCGUUCUGCCUGCUUUUGGGCUCAUUGCUGCAUUCUGCCUUUUGAAGAGGAUGAGAUCAUCGAGCUAGACAUGCCUAGAUGAUCACUGAUGGGUUAGUGGCAUCCGCUGUAUUAGGUCAUGGGGUUUCCCUGCUAGUCUCAUUGGCUGGUGUCUGUGAAUGAAGAACAAGUACAGGUGACAAGCUAUCUCUAAAGUACAGUGCAGCUCUUAACAGUUCAAAAGAAGGGGCAUGCUAUCUUCUUUGAUUAAGCCCUCCUGAGAUUCUUCCUUCAUACUCAAGUGUAGACUGUCUAUGAGGAAUUCAUUAAUUUCAACCAGCAUUUCCCCGGUAAUGGCAAGAUGAGGGAUUCCUCUUCAUUCAGAUUUGACAGGGAAGGCCAACUGGUCAUUAAAUUCAGCUCCAACAUGUAAUGGUCUUACCCUCUCCCCUCCCUCAAAUGACAAUAAUUCUUGAAAGGAGCAGAUAUGGUAAUUGGAUAUCCAUAUUAUUAUUAUUUUGUAUUUAUUUUUAGUCAUUUAUCCAGAGCGACUUACAUUUAUAUAUUAUAUUUCAAAGCCAAGCCACAUCUUGUCAGCUAAGCGUAAACUGACUUGGGCUGAACUGGGUCACAGUCCACAUGGACAUUCCAUUAGAUGUUAUGCAACUUGUCAUGGCCACAUUCCUGCCUUUCCAUAGAUAUCAGAUGUUAUGUCAAAUACAUUCUUCCUUUCACCUGAUAAGUCAUCAGUGGUCAACAAGGAAAGAAGCCAGCUGCCAGUGGGGGUUUGGGUUGAGUAGUUGUAAACAUGGUCUGAAAGUCUUCCACUAUGAGGCAUAGGGCUGAAUCUCAAACUUCAGAAAUAAUGCACUGAUGUCUAUGUGGGUUAGAUCUCAAGUUAGGAUUUGGCUCCUAUUCAGCAGAAGUAAGAUUCCAAUGGGACAUUUUAAAAACAGUUGCCACCCAGAAACCUUUUUUUAUUUUCAUCGCUGGACAAGACUAGACCAGAUCAUACUUGUCAGUCAACCUGUCUCCAUCUCUCUCAAUCUGUUUAGAAUUUUUUUAUCCUACUUUUUUAAAUCAUUGCCCAUUUAGUGGUCAGGGAGGACACAGCUCAUCGACAGGCAUUUACAUGUCGCAAUUCAAUAGAUUUCUGGCCGUCAUUUUAAAGGCAUAACCCUCCAUCUCUAAUGAGACAUAGAUGGGAUUCCUCCAUCUUAUCGCCCGGGCAGCCCCCCCCGCUCAUCAGUCGUCAUACUACCCCACUAUUGUCUGCUUACUGUGUGUGUAAUCCAACCCUGACACACACACACACACACACUCAUGGCCCAAUGCCCACAGUUUAGAAAAGUCCCAAAGCUCUGACUGUUUCAAUAGACAGCUGUCACCCUGCCCUCCCUUUACUUGUUUAACACUCAGAGGCUUGAGUUUCACUGCUUUGGUCAAUGUCCGUAACUCCUGUGGUCUCCCCACUUUCCCUUUGUGUACCAGGAAGAGCUGCCCGGCACUGUAUAGCUAUUCUUCACACUCAAUAAAACCCCAUUUAGCCUACCGGUGCUUUCUUCGGCUGGGGUUACCAAAGGGAUUUAAAUGAGCUUGUUUUGGUAAAUCUAUGUUUGGGUUGUGGGGAGUUCACAGGCAGAAUAUAAUCAAAUGGGACUAAACUGGAAAGUUGGUGGCGUAUUAACGGGUUUUGCUUCCAACUAAUGUUUCCAUCUGUUUUCUCCUCCACAGUUCGAUGAGGGUCGUAACACCUUUGACGGAGAGCUGAGCAAGGCUGACCUGCUGGCCUUCAUCAAGGCCAACCAGCUGCCCCUGGUCAUCGAGUUCACCGAGCAGGUAAUGGCCGUACUUUGUUCCGCUGAUACUCAGAUGCGCUGUCUCAAAUAUCCUCACACACACACACACUCUCGACCACUCAGAAAAUACACUUUUUCCCAGAUGAACUUUCUUCUGUUGUCACACAAAGCUACAGAAUCUAUCAACAGCCUCAUCCCCACCAAGGCCCUAUGACGGCUAUCACAAGGCCCUUCAGUGCCUUUACCACAACUUUAAGCUGAGCUUUGUUCCCCGUGUAUGACAUUCACGCUUCAUAACAUUUUGUUUGCUCUGCAGACCGCCCCCAAGAUCUUCGGAGGAGAAAUCAAGUCUCACAUCCUCAUGUUCGUGCCCAAGGCUGCCUCAGACUUCAACGACAAAAUGGCCGAGUUCAAGAAAGCAGCCGAGGGAUUCAAGGGCAAGGUGGGUGGACCAGACUGUCUGAACAGAUUCAAAGUGACGACCUUCAUUCAUUGUACCCUAUCUCCAGGAAAGGCAGUGUGCUUGUUUUUCCUGAUCUAUUUAUUGUGAGAAAGGCAGCUAUUUUUCACCCAGUGCCUUGAAAGUAAUGUACUGCACGUGCAGUUCUGCGUCUCGGUAUGUACCACAGACUGUACUGGAUUGUACUUCACAUACCUACCUAGACUAAAAGCUAGAUACUUGACCCUCGUAUUUAAUCUUCCUCUCCUUCCCAGAUCCUGUUCAUCUUCAUCGACAGCGAGGUGGACGACAACCAGCGCAUCCUGGAGUUCUUUGGGCUGAAGAAGGAGGAGUGUCCCGCCAUCCGCCUCAUCACUCUGGAGGACGAGAUGACCAAGUACAGGCCCGAGAGCGAGGCCAUCACCGCCGACAACAUCGUCGCCUUCUGCACACUCUUCACCGAGGGCAAACUCAAGGUGUGUGUGUGUGUGUUGGCCUAAUAAUGACUACACACACUCCAAUUGUACAUGCUCCGUGUGUGUGUGUAAGAACAUAGUGUUACUCAGAUUACAGGGUUACUGGUGUUUCUAGAUCAUUGGGAUGCCCCUGACUGCUGAGAAGUUCAGCACUGUAGGCCACAGUCCAGCCUAGACGGUGAGAACAGCCGUGCCCUACUGUAGACAUUGAUGAAUCAGUCUCCAUUACUCUUAUGUCACUGCAGUGCAGUCAUGUCUCGAUGGCUGUGCGUCAAUGGCAAUGGAUUGAAAGUGCAGAUGUAGGCUAACACGCUGUACCAGAAAGUAGUCCAAAUGUCAAUUCUUAUGUCAUAAGGUUUAGUGCAAGCUGUUAGGACUUUUAGGAAGACACAACCAAAUGUGGGCCUCCAUCACGAACUUGAACUAGUAAGUAUUGGUUUGACUCCAUAUUCAUUUUAGUGGUGUGACGGAGUAUGUGCACUGUGCAGGUUUUGCAUAAUUCCCAUUGUAUAGGAGAUUGCCUCAUGACUUGGGAAUCAUGUUUCUGUACCAUUCAACAGGGUAACGACCCAGAAUUCAAGUGUUGCUUAGUUUGGAACUAACAUAAUUCAGCUCAUUCUUAGUUUUGCAAAAUUCAUGUAAUCUUUUGUCAAUCUCUCCUCUUCGUGUCUCCCCCAACAGCCCCACCUCAUGAGCCAGGACAAACCUGAAGACUGGGACAAGAACCCCGUCAAAGUCCUGGUCGGCAAGAACUUUGAGGAGGUAGUCUUCGACCCCAAAAAGAACGUCUUCGUUGAGUUUUGUAAGUACUACCCCCUCUCGUCAAUCCCAGUACCAUAUGUAAGCCCCAGGUGGUCAACAGGCUCCCUUUUCAGGGGUCGAUGGCCCUGAUAUAUUUUGAGGUGCGCUCUUUUGAUUACACCACCCACGUGGAGGGAGGAAGAGUGGUGGGAAUCUAUCUCCUGAGUCUGAAACCUGAGUCUUUCUCCUAGCCCCAGCAGAUGUACAAGAGACUGGGAUAGGGACCUAAGUCAAUCCUCCACACUAAUCAAUGCUGGGGGCGCACGUGCCAUGCUCCGUGCGUGUUUUGAAGUUUCCCAGUGUUUGGGUUGCCAGGGCAGGAUGGGACAGGAUGGCAUUGUAGGGAGGCACAGCUGUCGUACACCCAACUGCCAGCCUCGGCAACUACAGCACACAGGCUUGAAUUAAUGGGCCGCUUGCAAGAGAUUCUCCCAUUCCAGUCACUUUCCAUUGUAUAAAUGAUCCUAUACAGCCAUGCAUUAUAUUUUCCAUGCAUAUCUGUGCAUCAGUGAGUAUUUAUGUCCAUGCAUGAUACUUCUACCAUGGAUAGAAAUGGAAGGUAAAGUAACGUCAUGCAAUACAACAACCAGCCUAAGCAUUCAGGUGAUAAUCAAUGAGCUUGUAUGGGACAUGAAAAUGUUCUCAUCAAUCCAUGAAUAAGAUCUUAUAUGACUUUUGCAUGCUGCUGUUAACGCAUGACUGCUUUUUGCCCAUGGGACUUAUACCUGGCUGCUCCUCUGUUCUCCCCACUGUAGAUGCACCCUGGUGCGGCCACUGCAAACAGAUUGACCCCAUCUGGACCCAACUGGGAGAGAAGUACCAGGACAGCGCCGACAUCAUCGUGGCCAAGAUGGACUCCACAGCCAACGAGAUCGAGACAGUCAAAGUACACAGCUUCCCCACACUCAAGUUCUUCCCUGCAGGGGAUGAGCACAAGGUAAGUCUACUGGAAAGACGUGGAAUGUCUGUGUCAGCAGCCAUUUGUUACUGAAGCAGUUGACUCCCAAAUGUAUCAUUACAACGUUUUCAUCGAAAUGGUCCUCGGCUGGUCAGUCCCUCUGUCCCACACUAGGGGAUGGCGUUUGAGUUGAGACAGAGGGGGCCGUGCUAUAAACCCAAAUGUGAUGAGAUUAUUGCAUGACUAUAGAAGUCCUCCAUACAACCCCAUUUUGGAAUGACCAAGGUCUAUAGGUCUAAUUCCCCUUUUGCGAUAACAUGACAACAUAUAUAUUUUUAAUUGGCUAAUUUUCUCAACAUAGCCAGCGAUAAAUUGCACGGCAUUCGAGCACGGGUCUCACUUUUGAAAACCAAGCUCUCGAGAGAGAUUUAACCCCCUUCAGUUAGUAGCACCUCUCAUUCUGGGCUUUGGCUCUUUCGGUAAACACCUCCAAAGCAUGGCUAUUGGCCACCCAUACCCAUCCAUCCACCCUACUGAAAUCUUUCACUUCUUAAUAAUUUCACACAUGACGAAACCCGAGCCUGAUGGCCGUCUGAGUGGGGGUGUUGUGGGGGUGUUUACGACUUCUACCACCCCCAACCCCUCAUUAAUGGGUGCCCGAUAAUGCCCUCUCCCUCUUGGGAUCCUCUAGAGACCCUCACCCCAGCUCUUAAAGAGCAGGUUGACAUUUAUUGUCAUGAGUCUUGUCUUGGAGGCAGAACUGAGCAUUUUCCCCUUAGAUAGGCCAGCUGCAAAGUCAAAAUUGGCUAUAGUUUGUAAAUGCUUUUUGGUUUUAAUGUUAGGCAAUAGGUUUAGCAAUGUAGUUAAGAUUUUAUGACUGAGGCUGUGCCAGCUACAACAAGAUUCAAGAUGAAAACCGCAAACCUGCUCUUAAAGACCACCCUGGCCCUCAACCAACCCGCAGAGGCAUGCCAGCCACCCUACUGAACUAUAGCCCAUAGCAGUCAACUACAGAAAGCCUCCUUGAAGAGGUUGGCAGCCUUAAUUGGGAGCUGUGUGCUGGUAUCCCCCUCGCUAAGAGCCCUGGGGUUAACCCUGAGCCAUUCCUCAAUGUGACAGAGCCAGAGAUGGCUAGGGAAGGGGGCAGCUGCACGAGUAGCCCCAGGCUCCGCCUCUCUGUCUGAUGGCUCGUUAUGGUCUGUAUUGACUGGCUAAGACUGCAUGGGUCUGGAGGCAGAGCUCCGCGACUGUCCUCAAGACCGAUCUCAAGGGCAGCGCUAUAGUAACUGGUUCUAUAAAGGAGAAGGGCCAUAAACAACAUACCUUUUAGCCUUCUCUCCUCCAUCAAUAGUUGUAGAUCUCCUCUUGACCACUCAUUGGCACAGAUCUGAAGAUGGCCAGAGGCCUCAGGUUAUUGGCUCCAGAUUCAAAUUAGCACGUGUUGUUGCGGGACCCCACAGGCUGAUUUUUAAUAAUUAAACAUUUAAAUAGGAUUUCAGUAGAAUCUUUGACAAAUAGGCCACUGGACUUUUCAUGGGGUUUUAUAGCUCCAAUUUUGCCACAUUUGAUAGUUGGCAAUGCAUGCAGUCAGUCUUUCUCAUGGAAAAGCAAAGGGAAAUGACCCAUUUUGUAUUUGAAUCCCUAUAUACAUUUAAUGCAUGUGAUUUUCUUCCAUGCAGGUGGUCGACUACAAUGGUGAGAGGACGCUGGAGGGCUUCACCAAGUUCCUGGAGAGCGGAGGCAAGGAUGGCGGAGCACCAGCUGGAGAAGAUGGGGAGGAGGAUGAGGGUCUGGAUGUAAGUACACACCUGGGAGUCUUCAUCCUUAAGCAGACACUACAAUUAUGUUUGCAAGACUUGCAACUUAUAACUUUCAACCACAAGGCAUUGCUAUGAUGUCAAACCGUAAUCGUGGCAACCUUUUGAAAGCCCAACCGUUUUACUUGCAGUUUCGAUCUGUAAACACCCACCUUUUUCACCCAAUGACUUAUUUUUUACACGGUCAUAUGCUGAGUAUAUGUCUCGUUGAAAUGUGCAUGUUGCUCAAGGCCGCUUUCAAACUGUCAAAAAAUGGUGCGUUUGAAUUACAGCCAACCCAAUGUUAUCCAGUAAAAGCAAUGCAUUAGUGGACGGGGCAGGAGAAUGCAGCAAAGUUGGAGAAGGUUUAACCUGAUCAAUUGAAUACAAACUACGAUUCUCCCCAGAAACUGGUCCAAGAGUUGUGCAUGUGCAAGCAAGGCCUCUUACAGCACUAGAUGCUUUUUUUUGUGGGGGGGAUAUUCAGUAUCCUGUAGGUCACCCAGAAUAGACCCACAGGACCACCUCUCCUGAAGAUUUGGGUAACCACAUGCCUACCUGUGAAUGCAAUCUGUCCUCCCUGCAAGUGAAGCCUACUCUGCCAUAGGACAAUGCAGAAACAAAUGGAAUGGGUCUGCUUUACAUGGUGUUAUUUAUUUGUCAGUGUUGAAGUCUGGUGCCUUUCCCCAUCUCACUUCACUGACUCAACCACUUUCCCAUCCAACCUGGAGGAAACUGGGUCUUGCAUCUAGAGAUGUAGGUCAACCUGACUAAGACUUCCAUGAACUGUCUUCAAGCACAGCAGGCAGCCAGACAGACAUGCUCAUUACAUCAGCAGCCCAUGUCUAUCCUCAAUGAAGGACAUGACAAACUUGACCCACUCAAAAUCCUGACCUGAGUUUGUAAUAAUUCUGACUAAUAGAAUUCAUACCAGGAGAUCCCAUAAUGCCCGGGUGGAACAGAGUAAGACAUUUUGUGAAAAUGUAUCAUGUUCCUUACAUCAUCAUCCAAGACUUCUUUCAUUCAAGGGAAUGAUGGGGUUUUUCUCUCCCCAUUUCGAAGCCAAAUGGCCAGAGCCAGUAAUCUCUCUAAUGUUUCUAAAAUAAGCCUGGUGGCUUUUUGAGAUGCGGCUGAGGUUUCGCUCCAUCCCUGGCACCUAGCUGGGUGCUAAGACCAGGGCCUGCAUCCAAAAUCCUCUGGAGAUCCAGCUCAAACUAGUUGAAGGCCUUCGUCCCACUACCUCACACACACCCCACCCACCACACCCCCUUCUCAGAAGUCUAAUUGCAGACCAUGCCCCGACUGCUGUCACUAAUGCCCCCUGCAGCUGUCGCCGCUGUUUACCAGGCUAUCCCUUGGGACCAGGUCUCAUGACCGAACGUGCAAGUCAACAUCCCCAACCCUACCUUCCUCACCCCCACAUCCUAGACUAGAAUAGUGUAUAUGCAUAUGAAGUGGGUAAAACGAUAUGUAAACAUUAUUCAUUAUUAACUGUUUGGGUUACCAUGCCAUAUUUGUUCAUGCGAUCUGCCGAAAGUGAUGUAUGUGCAGGGAGAGCCUUUGAGGUAAACCUCAGUGCCCCACGUGUCUAGUCUUUAGGUUGUUUUCAUAUGUACAUAUGUUUCACCAUAGAUGGACAUGUUUCGCCAGGUCACGUUUCUUUCAACAACAACCUCUCAAGCAUGUCAUGUAGCCCAUUUUUGGAUUUGAGCAUAUGGUUCAUGUAUCAGGACAGCCACACAAGAUGAGCUGCAUAGUAUCCUCGCACCACAAUAUUCAUUAUAGCUUCCAAGCUUUCUACUCCCAAGAACUGCAUGACCAGUCAGGCCAGACUCAGAGAGAGGCUUCCUCCAGGCAGGUGUUAAAGACCCUCUCCUCCUCUCUUCUCCUCCCAGGAUAUGGAAGACCUGGACGAACAGGACAGUGAUUCUGACGGUGGCGACCAUGAUGAGUUAUAAGACCCGGAGGAGGAGAGACGAACCCCCACCCCUUCUACCAACCAACCACCAUCACUUCCACCCCUGUUCUGUGAACACUAAUACUUAUCCUUUAACUACUCCUCAGUCAGUCAGCAGAUGUGUCAGGACCCUCGACCAGCCCCCCCUCCUGAAGCCACCUCUCCAACCUCUAUCCCCCUUCUCCCGCCCUCUGGACCAGAUGGACUCGUCUGUCCCCUUGUCAUGGGAACUCAACAGAGCAGAACGGCACCUCGUGGUCUUAACGGCUUUUUUCAUUACCAACGUUCCUCAUCAAUCAAACGAUGGAGUUGUAUUGCCUUGUAUAUUUGAACCAAAAUGUUAACUGCAUUAAGAUACUGUACUUGACAUAUCCAGUUGGAUCCACAAAUUGGGUUAUUGUACCUGUCAUUUCCUGUCAAAUUACUUUUCCCCCACCCUGCCUCAGUGUGAGGAUGGUCCAGUUUAGUUUUGCGGUGUAGCUGGUUUUUAGGUUUGGGAUGGUGGGGCUGCUCAUGUUCUUGUUCCUCUGCUAGGCGUUCUGAGGGCCAGAGGUGUUAUAUAUGGUGGGAUGUAUGGACUGAUCUCUCAGGGGACUUGGGGGCCAUCCGAUUGUCUUUUUGUAAAGAGUAACAAGUAAAGAAGCAACGUGUUCCGUGUAGCACAGGGGCCUCUGGAAAGCAAUAUAUGCAUCUGUAGCUGAGACCAAUCUUGAGGGUCACUGUGUUCCUCUCUCUCUGCCUUCAUUCCCUCUAAGUCUACAAAUCAUAUGUUUUCAAUUUCAGUUCAGUUUCCCUCAUUUCAGCAUGGCUACUGACAUUUUAUUUUUAAGAGAAAAAAUACACUUUGGAAAUAGCUUGUUUUAUUUAAUUGUAUUUUCAUUCAAUAUAUAUUUUUUAAAUCUGUCAUUUAAAUGAUCUGUGUAUACCAGUAAUGCCCAGCGAAAGCUAAAGUUUAAGCUGGGGCAGAGUUGGCCCUCUUAUUCUCUCAGACCUGGGAUUAGUGUGGUGGCCCGGGACUGUUUUCUGUUUGUUGCACUGUUCAUAGCCUGGUCCCAGAUCUGUUUGGGCGGUCUCGCCAACUCCUAUGGUCUUGACCAGACGGCACAAACGUAUCUGAGACCAGGCUACUGUGUUCAUGCCGUCAGAUUCCACAUGGUUACUGAAGGAGCAGAGGUGGUUAUGUAAAAGGAAGUGUGUUUUGGGACUUGAGAGCGGUCUCUGUCCUGGAACAGUGCCACAGCCCUACAGUACCUGUACUACCCCCAUCCCUCUGGCUUCGGCUCUACCUGGCGCUCUUGUCCCCAUGGAGGUGUUUGUGUGCCUGGGUGUGUGUGCGGUGAUGAUUAUGGAGUCGUGUGUAAGCGUGCGUGUGAUUGAGUCUGCUUUUUUUUUUCUCACGUCCAGGGACAAGGUUGUGAAUGUUUUUUUGUGAUGUUUGGCUGGGAUGGGAGGGUUGAGUAGAGCAGACCGGGGUGAGGGUUGUGACGUUCAACCGCAGCUGUUCAAGGGGGUGGGGGAAAUGACUUAGAAACAAACGCAUUCCAUCACAUUGAAUUUGACGUGGAAAAGUGAAAACUGGUGGCCAAAUAAAUAAAUAAAAAUAUGAAAAA